UUCACCAAUGCAGUCAGGAUUUUCAUCUGGGCUUCUUAAAUCGAAGCCAUUGAAAUGAUGGGGUUUUAUUUUUCUCUAUUUUUCCUAACAGCUGGCAUUUCAAUGACUCCAGAGUGUUUCAGCAUGGAGAUUAUUGGAGGGAGAGAAGUGCCGCCACAUUCCAGGCCCUUCAUGGCUUCCAUCCAGUAUGACGGCCACCACAUCUGCGGUGGAGUGCUUAUUCACCCGCAAUGGGUGCUGUCGGCAGCCCACUGUCGCUCCCGACAUCACAAAGACCACUUUUUCAAAGUGAUUUUAGGAGCACACUCUCUCUCAAAGAAUGAGGCCUCCAAACAAAUGUUUGAUAUUAAAAAAUUUAUACCAUUCUCAAGAGUUAUAUCAUAUCGUAAAUCAAAUGAUAUCAUGCUAAUUCAGCUUCACACGGCUGCAACACUCAACCGACAAGUCCAGCUGCUGCACCCAAGCUCCAAAAAUGAUAUUAGAGCUGGAACGAAAUGCCAGGUUACUGGCUGGGGAGCCACCGACCCAGAAUUGUUAAGGACCUCUGAUACCCUGCGUGAAGUCACCGUUACUGUCAUAAGUCGAAAACUUUGCAACCGCCCAAGUUAUUACAACCACAGCCCCGUUAUAACGAAAGGCAUGAUAUGUGCUGGAGAUGACAGAGGCCAGAAGGAUUCCUGCCAGGGUGACUCAGGUGGUCCCUUGGUUUGCAAAGGUGCUUUCUAUGCUUUAGUCUCUGGAGGUCAUAAAUGUGGUCAUCCCAAGAAGCCUGGAAUCUACACCCUAAUAACCCAGAAAUACCAGGCUUGGAUUAAAAGCAAGCUUGCCCCAUCUCAUGCGAACUAUGACCACGAGUGAUUUUCUUGGACCCAUCAGCUGCUUGUUUUGCUUUCAUAAGAUGUUCUAGAGGCCACUUUGUCUUCAUAUGUAGUUGGAUGUCAUUAAAAUGGAGCACACUUAGGGGCCACUCCUGCCUCCUGAGGACUGAUUUUGUCAAGGAAUCAAGCUCUUUGCCACAUCUAUAACUGCUGUAUUUUUACUAUGCUGAUUUCAUUCUGAAUAAAAGUCAGAAGACUA